AUGCUCCAUUAUCAGGUCUUGAUUUUAGUCCAGAGUCGUUCCUUAAGAACCAAGCUUUCAACAACAAGUCAGAACUUACAUUCAAAAGUCGUAGAUGCAAGAGAUAAUUUAGUUUACAGACAGCAACAACAACAAAAGUAUUAUGAUCGUAAAUCGAAAUCUCUUCCAAGUUUGAAUGAAGAAGAUGUAGUACGUAUGAAUCACAAUGAAACAUGGAAACGUGGAAUUGUUCGUCUUAAACAUCAAGCUCCAAGAUCAUACAUUGUUGACACAGAGGAUGGUUCAACUUUAAGACGGAACCGAAGAGAUCUCAUCUACACCAAAAAAGUUCCACUUAUAUGCGCAGCACCAGUAGAUGAUAGCACAGAUCAUUUUCCACCAUUAAAGGCAACACAACCACAAAGGCUGGAAUCCCCAAUUCACACUCAGUGCAACAGUCCAACAGAUGACACCACACAGUCUUCCCAAGAAUCCAUCCUGAGGACACGGAGUAGUCGUUCAUCAAAACUCCCUGUUAGAUUCAAAAACUAUGUUCUUAAUUAA